AUGGAUGACUUUGAAGACUGGAUGUUGAAAGAUACACAAGCUGCUGGAUCACUCAGUGAUGAAUCUGUCAAUUCCUUCUCCUGGUUUGAGCCAUUAGAACAGAUAAUUUCAAGCGGGUCAAGCUCAUCGGGGGACUCUCCGGUGGACGUCCCCAGUGCCGAACAACCUGUAAAGCAAGAAGAACUGGCUACUCUAGACCUAGGUUCCAUGGAUGCUGCUGCUGGUGCUGCAGUCCCAGCACCAACGCCAGCAGAAGCUGCUACCGUUGAAGCUACGCCAACAGCAACGACGUCAUCUUCGUCUUCUGUUGCUGAUGCAACGGUUGCACCCGCAAAGAGGCGCAGAGCGCCAAGAAAAAGACUUACGUCGCAUCAGAAGCAAGCCCACAACAAGAUAGAGAAAAGAUAUCGUAUCAAUAUCAACACAAAAAUUGCUAAACUACAGCAAAUUAUACCAUGGGUGGCAAGUGAACAAACGGCGUUUGAAGUUGGAGAGAAUAUCAAAAAGGGAGAAGAUGGAUUUCCAACGUCAACAAAGCUUAACAAAAGCAUGAUUUUGGAGAAAGCUGUCGAUUACAUCCUGUACUUACAGAACAGUGAAAGACUUUACGAAAUGGAAGUAAGAAGGUUAAGAGCGGAAUUGGCAGGCCAAAACUAA